CUGCCAACUUAUCAAUCCGCGUCUCCUUGUUCACCGAGCUUGUCGACCAUCACACUGUCGCCACCUCACAGGACUCGAGCAAACGCAUAAUUGAAACACUAUGUCUGCGGACGACCAGGCUUUUCUGGACGUGUUAUCGUCCCUGCCCGGCGAUAUCAAGCGCUACUCUGAAGAUGUCGCCAACAUCGUAAACGAGAACGUCGACAAGAUUGCCGAGACCGUCAGACACACUCUCGCGACCUCGCAAUGGGUACCAGAACAGAUCCGCCCUCGGCUGCCGCCACCAGCGCCUUCAGCCGAGCUGCCGAUUUCGCUCUACAAUAGAGUUGAGAGCUGGGUAUUAAGAAACAAAGUCCUCACCACCGCCAUAGUCCUAGCCACUGGAUCCAUUCUAUAUCGGUCAUACACAGUCUCCGCUCACGCCAGGAAGACCAGGCGCGCAAGGCGGGCGCGCAGCGGAGGACGCAUGGAUGUCGUUGUCAUUGCAGGAUCUGCCAACUUACCGUUGACACGGUCAGUUGCGCUGGAUCUGGAAAGGAAAGGCUUCAUCGUCUUCAUUGUAUCCAGCGGACCGGAGGACGAUAUUGCCAUUCAGAAUCUAGCACGCCCCGAUAUCCGACCUCUGGGCGUCGACACCACCGAUCCUCUCAGCGCCAGCGCCUCCAUUGAGCGUUUCGCGACCUACCUUCAGUCACCCCAUGCGGCAGUCCCCAACAGCAAGCGACAUCGGUUGCACCUCAAGGCCGUCAUCCUCAUUCCGUCUUUGAACUACCAGACCUCGCCCAUCGCUACCAUUCCUCCCUCUGGCUUCGCGAACCUCUUCAACACACACCUACUUCACCCUAUCAUAACCCUCCAGGCCUUCCUCCCUCUGCUUACCGCUCGCCUGGGUCCUACUCCCUCGGCCGAGUCAUCAUCCUCCGGAACCGACAAGAAGAAAGACAGCCCCAAGAUCAUCGUCUGCACGCCAUCCAUCAUUUCCUCCAUCAACCCCCCCUUCCACGCCCCCGAAGCAACCGUGUGCUCUGCCCUCUCCGCAUUCACCGAAGUCCUGACCGCCGAGCUCCGCCCGCUCGCCAUCCCUGUCACCCACAUCCAGCUCGGUACCUUUGACUUCGCCGGCUUCACGCCCGCCUCGGCCGCGCGUGAACACUGGCAGGAGCGGAACUCUCAGGGCGUCCCGCUGCGCGCGCUGGAAGCGAACCCCCAGGACGCCGAGUCCCUGCUGCCCUGGCCCGACUCGGCCCGCCACGCCUACGGCAAGAAUUUUGUCACCCAGUCGAGCUCGGCCAUUAGCACGGGCCGCAUCCGCGGGAUGCGCGGCAGCUCGUUGCGGGAGCUGCACAAUGCUGUUUUUGACGUGAUUGACGGGUCCAUUACCAAGGGCACUGUGCGCGUCGGCCUCGGUGCAAGCGUGUAUGGCUUUGUCGGACGCUGGGUGCCGCGCGGGCUGGUGGCGUGGAUGAUGGGUAUUCGGACGGUGGACGAGCUGGCGGCGUGGCAGUCGAGUCAUAGCUCGUUUAAUAGCCCAAGGUCGGGUGGCUCGGUGAGGUCUAUGGGAAGCGAGAAUGGGGAUGAGGAGGAGGUGGGAACUGGGGCCCGCACAUCGAAUGAGUCGUUUGUUGCGGUGCCGAUGGAGUAAAUUCUUCAUGGGAAUAGUUUGGAAGAGUACAAAAGAAGGCAGUGUCUACAAGAAUGGCAUAUGCCAUAGCAUUUCAGACGGUGGGUUAAUUAUCAUUUCGUUACGGGUGCCCUAGGUAGGGAACGGCGUUCAUGUUUUGGAUCUCGUCCCUCUCAGUCUAUUUUGAAAGAACAUACAGAUCACAGCUCCGCGAAAAUGUCAAGCUAGCAAUCCUCUCUAAUC